AUGCCUUCGACGACGUGGCUCUCGCGAUCCCAUUGGGACGCCCUGUCACCUAUUCGGCAGCUCCAGCACGCGUCGUCGUCGAAGAGUGCGCGCGUGCUCGGUGCCAGCACCCUCUCCUCGACGACCGCGCCUCGAGGCUACCCGACACCUCCUUCCGCCACUCCCCGCGACUCGCCAGCACUCGUCGCGCCCACUGCGCCCGUUCGGAGGCCCGUGGGAACCGCGAGAUCGCCCGAGCGCCCGAGCGCGUGGAACGCGCGGCCCUCAGCGCUCGACCAUCCCGUCGACUCGCGCAGCGAUCCCCCUCAGCCUCCUCAGCCUCUCUCGCACCCCGCCGCUUGCUCGACACGCCAACCGCGCUGCGAGGACGAGCGAUGGCUCCGCUCUCCUCGCAGCCAACAGGCCCUCGCCCACGCCGCGAGCGAAGACCAUCGCGCUGGCGCGCGCUCUCGACGCGAAGACGACCGACCGCCCCGCAGCGCGACGCGCAACGAGACGGCCCACGCCCACGCGCAACGCGACGCGGCGUCGACUCGCGAGGUCUCGCCGCGCCGGUACGAGGAGGCCCGGACGCGCGCGUUCCAUUCUGAACGCGAGCGCGAAGCCGCCGCGCAAACUGCGCGCACGAACCUCCCGGGGCACCGGACGGGGGCGCCACGCGCCGCGAGUACGAACCACCGCGGAGGACCGCAGGAGGAGCUGCCCGGAGAGGAGUCAGCCGGGCGAACGGCCGAGAGGAGACACGGCGGAGCGAGCAGGGAGGCUUCGGUGAGUACUACCCACAUCUACCUGCCUCCCCCACUCUCCUCUCCGCCCGCUCCACGCGCACGACCUGCGCGCCCGCUCUCGCUCGACCCGCGCGUCCCCGUCGAACGCGCCCGCCGCCCCUUGCCGUCGCCCGCUCCUCCGGCGCACCGCGCGCGUACCCCACCUGCCGACACAAUCCAUCCGACACACGGUCCUCGCGUCGGCGCGCCCUCGUCCGACGCGCUUCUGCGCUCGCGACGCCCUGUGGACGACGCGUCCCCGUCUUGCGGCGUUGCGCCUGCGCCCGCUUCGCACGCGCGCCCCCUCGCGCUCGAGGCUCCCCCGCCCGAGCUUCCGCCCACCUCCGGCGCUCUCUCGCCGCGCUCGCACGCCCGAGUCGUGGUACGCGCGCACCACGAACACGAAGCACUGGCUGCAGAAGCGGCGUGGAGGGCUCGCCUGGCGAGUUACUUGACGGAGCCCACCGCCGUCGUACAAGUCACGCCGACGCGUCUGUACGGGGCGGCCUCGCUCGCAUCCGCCCUCUUGCACGACACGCGCACGCUCGUGGAACGCGCGCGCGUGCUCCCUGACGACGUGCCCCUGCCGACGCGCGAUCCUCGAGCUGAUGCGCUUUCGUCCCGCGGCCUGGCGGCGCCCGCCUCUGCGUCCCUCCCUCGCCACUCGUCCAACAAGCGCGCGCCCAUUGAACACGCGCACGACGCUCCACCGCCCAAGCCACCCACGCGCACCCUCUCGCCGUGCUCGCAGGGGCGAGCCGAUGUGCACGCGUACUUCGCGGCUCAAGCCCAGGCGUUCGAGCAACGUCAACGAGAACGCGCUCUCGCGCAACAUGACAACUCGCCCGCUCGUCCUUUCCCGCUCAACGCUCCAUUGCCCGAGCGUCCGUCCGCCGACGACGCUCUCUCACCGCGCUCGCGCGCGCGAGUCGAGGUACGCGCGCACCACGAGCGCAAGAACCAAGCCGCCGAGGCAGCUUGGAGAGCGCAUCAAGCAAGGUGGUCACCGGAUCGUUGGCCAAACACGCCCGUCCCUCCAACAACGGCGCUCCCGCGUGCGCACCGCGCGCCCGUCCCUCCGGCCGACGCGCCCCAGCCGACGCGCAAUCCUCGCACUGGCGCGCCCUCGUUCCGCGGCCCUACCACUGCGCCUACGAUGCACGCGCCCCGCGAACGCGACGUGCCUGCCUCCCGCAGCUCCGCGCGUUUGGCCGCGACUUCUCGCCCCGGUUCCUCGACCACCCGCGAGACGUCAAUCUCGAGCGCCCUACGGGAGGGCUGCCGAGCUGUGCCAGCUCAACAUGCGCUCGGUAGCCUCUCCUUAUCCCCCACCUCAGCACGCAAGGGUGAGCAAGCCCACACUUACGCCCUCUCCCUCGACGUGUCCGGCUCCACCUCGACUCGCAGACCAGCGCCUGCAAUCGACGCGCACGCUCCCUCCAAACACGCCCAUCACCCUCCGGCGCCCACGCGCUCGUGCUCGCGCCCUUCCUUGCACUCGCUUUCGAACGGCGUACAAACCGCUGCGUCCAACCGGCCUGCGCGCAUGUGCACACUCCCUCCGAUUGACUGCGGGGACGAGCGAUCCUUCCGCUCUCCUCACGGUCGGCCGGCCCCGACUGAUGCGACACGCGAGGAUCUCUGCGCCCGCGCCCAGCGUGAAGUUGCUCAACCUUCAGGUGAAGCUUCUCGCGAGACGCGCUCCUCCGGCGCGCCGCGCCAGAACCGGCCCAAUGACAACACUACGCCGCGCGAACAUUGGCCAGCCCCGGCGCGCACGGGCCAAGAGUUCGAAGCCAGCUUGCGAUCCGUGCAGGCGAGCACGUCGAUUCACCCGAGCAGCGCACUCCCCGUGGCGAGUACUAACCGCCAUGACGGUUUGCGUGGGAGACACUCCCCUCCCUCGCCAUCGAUGCCGGGUAUGCUCGAUGCCUGCCCACCCUCCGCUUGUUCGCCCUCGGUCUCGACGGACAUGCGCAGCUCCGCGCCUUCCCAAGCAAUCAGCCUACCCGCCGACACGGAAUCCUCUGGUCUCCCUCCGCAAUGCGAAAACCUCGCGCGGUUCUGGAGUAGUUUCCUGCGGAAACCUCAGGCUCUGGCAAGUGUGUGA